AUGGCCCUUCAAAACCUAUUACCCUCAUUCCUAGCCAAGGUCGACGAAAAGGGUCGCCCACGAUGGGCCCUCACCAUCACCGCCAUCACAGCCACAGUCCUGACAUACAUGAGCUUAAGCGCCAAUGGCCUCAAAGUCCUCAACUGGCUCAUCGCCAUCACCAGGGCCUCCAUCUUCACCAACUGGGCCAUCAUCACCAUCACCCCUAGGCGAUUCCACUUCGCCAUCAAAGCCCAAAACAGCACCGUGCUCUCCCGCCCCUACGGAUAGGAAUCAUUCCACUGGCCCCUUGCCCCAGUAAUUUCCCUCAUCUAUCUAGGCAUAGCUCCGUAUGGAACCAAUUUCUCC